UUUCACUUACUCCAAUGCACAUAUUAUUCUUAUUGCAUAUCAACAAAUUAUGUGCAUUCUUUCGCAAGCCGGUCAUUAAAAUUUAACAGAUACAAUGUUUGAUUACACAUUUUCUUGUGGUGACUUUAAAACGCACACUAAUAUGACCGAGACAGGAAUUAGUUUUGAUCCGCCUGUUUACGAGCAGCGUUAUUGUGCCGCCAUUCAAAUACUUGAGGAUUCCCGCUGGAUUCAUGAAAUCAAAAAAGUCACAGAAUUCGGAUGCGCCGAAAUGCGGCUUUUUCAGUUAAUACGACGCAUUGAAACCAUCGAGCACAUUCUGCAGGUGGACAUUGACGAAACAACUUUAAAAACUCAUUUAUGCCGAACUAAGCCACUUAUUUCGGACUUUAUUAGACAGCGUAAAUGUCCGUUGCAUGUUGAGAUUCUGCAUGGCAGCGUGGCAGAUUCAUCAGAGGAAUUGAGAAACACAGACGCGGUCAUAGCAUUAGAACUCAUUGAGCACGUUUACGACGAUGUUCUGACUAAGAUUCCCACAAAUAUUUUCGGUUUUAUGCAACCUAAAAUUGUUGUAUUUAGCACUCCGAAUUCGGACUAUAAUAUUAUAUUUACACGCUUUAAUCCUCUGUUGCCAAACGGCUUUCGACACCUGGACCAUAAAUUUGAAUGGACACGAGAAGAGUUCAAGACCUGGUGCAUGGGAAUUACUGAAAAGUAUCCAAAUUAUAUGUUUUCUCUGCUGGGCGUUGGUGAACCGCCCACGGGUUUCGAAUCCGUGGGUCACGUAUCGCAAAUUGCACUUUUUGUGAGAAAGGAUAUGCUGGGCAUGCCAUUGGUUGAACCACUAAAACUGGAUUCUCCUCUAGAAGGUGAAAGCUCCUACAAAAGUUUGCAUACUGUGGAUUUUCCAUUCAGCGUCGAUAAUCGCACCCAAGAGGACAAAAUCUGGGCAGAAGUCGAAUAUGAACUUCAUCGCUGCACAAACGACGAAGAUAAUUAUGAUACGGACAAAUUUGCGUAUAAAUUAUCAAUUGACGAGCUCCUCAGACGCUUAGAGCAUAUGGGAGCUACGAAAGAAAUACUGGAUAAACUAUUGGAAAAGAAUAAGAAACCAGUGGAAAAUGGUUUUGUUAUAAUCGAAGAAGACGACGAUUCUAGCAACAGCAACUUUAAUGAAGAUCAAUCUGAAGUGAAAGAAGAAUGUUCAAAUGUGAUUGCUUCAGAAUCCGAAGAUUGGGAUACAUAAUAUCAAUUGUUCACAUAUGUAUUAAUUGCCUUAACACCACAUAAAUUUAAGCACAGCCGGCUGCUGAAAUGACAAA